ACACCACAUGAUUCACUGUGUGGUGUCUCUGUGUACCGCCGCGUUUGUAAACGCAAUCCCCGUGCAUCUCUAUUUUACGUGGGGUUUGGGUAUUUGUGUGCGCUGCUGUUCUCCUGAACACGCUUGCGCCGUAGGCAUCCCCACCACCAACCUGCUUUCCUGCUGAAUGCAUACCCUGGACGCAGACUGAGUGCGCGCGUCGUCGGAUGCUGUGCAGGUUGAAAGACGCACGCACGACCGCAGAUAAGACGAAGAGGUCUUGAUAGAGGAUUGACGUAAAAAUCGCUCGUUAGCACGGUACGGAGAAGUGUACGUUAAAGUGAUGCGCAAUGUCACACCUUCAGUCUCUCCGGAGUGGUGCUGAUGCUGGCGUCUAUGCAGUGAAAUGUUUGGCCCCGUCUGACCCGGCACCAAUUUGGAGUUGAGCCACUUUGUCCUCCUUCUGAUCUUGAACCCCAGCCAUCAUUUUUGGGGAGCAGUCACAAACUCAUCUACCUCCACAUCUCUCUGUACCCAUCUGUCAUCCACAGAAGAUAGAUGAGACUGAGAGGUUAAUCUGAACUGAGUGGAGCCCAGUCUGGGUGAAGGAAUGCUCUGUGCGUAGAUCAUCACCUGUUCCAACAAUGAGCCACCAGGAGGCGCCACAUGGCCAGGAGUUGAGAGAGGCAACUGAGGGCGACCUGGAGCGCAGGGGCCCCGAGGGCCAGCAGCCUUCCUCAUCGCACCGCAGACGCCACGACAACGGAGAUGGUGGCUCCCGAUCCAGUCGUACACGCAACCACGGUACGGAGAAUAACCACUACCAGUCCCAACAACAGGGGCCUCCGCGGUACCGCAGGUACGAGGGAUCUAACGGAGGGACGAACCGCCCGCGUCCUGCGAGAAGGCAGACGGAGGAAAGCAACGUGGAGCAGCAGCACAUACCGCGACCUGCAGUGACGCGCUACCGCAGACAGGGGGACAACGAGGCCCGGCUCCGGGCGCAGCAGCAGAGACAAAAGCAGCGAGAGAGACAGCAGAGAGACACGGAGAGAGCCGAACAACAGAGGUUGGAGCAUCAGCAGCAUCUCACCUCACCUACGCAGCCUUCGCCCAGAGAGCCAGAGGAAGCUGAGGAGGAUACGGGGGAAGGAGGUGGUGCAUUGGAACGAUCCGCAAGCACUGAGAGCGGCUUUCACAACCACACGGACCGGGCGGAAGGGGAUGCGGUUAUGGCCAUGGAAGCCGAGCCGGAGGACGAAAGCACGUACGGCGUACCGCUGCGCCCCGAAGCAGAGGAGUACACGGAGAGCGCCGAGUCUGAGCAACAGCACGGUGGUCCAGCUUACCCCCAGCACCAGUACCCACCUCAGCCUCCACCGCUACCUCGAGAGCCCCUGCCCAAUGCUGAGAGACCACAGGUACAAGAUGCAGAGAUGCUAAACCCCAACUACUCCAAUUAUGUUUACACUCAGCCCAUGUACCGCAGUCCCACAGGAGUGGGAGAGGCCUGUGAGGUUGGAGCAGCAGAAGAUGAGGCCUACUCUGAGCCUUACGCUGAAUACCCCCUCCAGGAGCACGUUUAUGAAGAAAUACCAGACACCCCUUCGGCCAAAGCUGAGGGACAGACGCCUCAGCAGAGGAAGGCGGAAUUCAGGCUCUUGUACCAGCAGCAAGAGGCUGUCGGUUCCAGGCUCCACCACUACGACGAACGAUCUGACGGGGAGUCGGACAGCCCGGAAAAGGAAGCGGAGUUCGCCCCAUACCCACGUGCCGACAGCUGCGAGCAGGAUGAGGACAUUGACCAAAUUGUGGCAGAGGUGAAGGAGAGUCUGAGCUCCCAGAGUCUGGAGCGUGUUGCCAUGGGUCUAGACAAUGAUGGGAAGGAGGAAGUCGAGUGGCCCGAGUCUGAGCAAACGGAGGAGAUCAAACCCUCAGAGCCAGGGAGUGAAGGAGAGGUCAGGGAGAAUCCUCUCAGAAGCCCCUCAGAGGAGUCGACUCCAGUGAGGAACAGUCGUGAAAAGAGAGACGCAAUCUCACUGGCUAUUAAAGACAUCAAAGAGGCAAUAGAGGAGGUGAAGACAAGGACUGUUCGCUCGCCCUACACGCCCGACGAGCCCAAAGAACCAGUCUGGGUAAUGAGGCAAGACUUGAGUCCCACAGCUGAAUCUGACAUGCAGCCGUCUCCGGGGGCCGAUUCUCCGGGCUCGAGCUCCACCUCCCCGCAGGGGGCGGAGUCCUCCAGUCGUCACCUGCCGUCACAUGAGGGGAGUGACAGCUUUGAGUCUCCGUCUCCAGCUAGUAAAGAGUCAAGGAAAAGUCUCGCUUCGUUUCCAACAUAUGUGGAAGUACCAGGACCGUGUGAUCCAGAGGACCUCAUAGAUGGGAUUAUUUUUGCUGCUAACUACCUGGGAUCCACCCAGCUGCUCUCAGACAAGACGCCGUCCAAAAAUGUGCGCAUGAUGCAGGCACAGGAGGCUGUGAGUCGCAUUAAGACGGCCCAGAAAUUAGCCAAAAACAGGAAGAAGGCUCCUGAAGGUGAAGCUCAGCCCAUGACAGAGGUGGAUCUCUUCAUCUCCACACAGAGGAUCAAAGUUCUCAAUGCAGAUUCACAGGAGACCAUGAUGGAUCAUCCUUUAAGGACCAUCUCAUACAUCGCUGACAUCGGGAACAUCGUGGUACUGAUGGCAAGGAGGAGAAUGGCACGCUCCGACUCACAGGAGAACAUGGAUGCGUCUGAUCCUGCCCAGGAUGAGAAGCGCCAAUAUAAGAUGAUCUGCCACGUGUUUGAAUCUGAAGAUGCUCAGCUCAUCGCACAAUCCAUCGGCCAGGCCUUCAGUGUCGCCUACCAGGAGUUCCUACGUGCCAACGGAAUCAACCCGGAAGAUCUGAGCCAGAAAGAGUACAGCGAUCUUCUCAACACGCAGGACAUGUACAACGAUGACCUCAUUCACUUCUCCAAGUCUGAAAACUGCAAAGAUGUUUACAUAGAAAAGCAGAAGGGGGAAAUUCUGGGCCUGGUGAUCGUAGAGUCGGGCUGGGGUUCAAUCCUGCCUACAGUUAUCAUAGCAAACAUGAUGCACGGCGGCCCGGCGGAGAAAUCUGGAAGGCUGAACAUUGGGGAUCAGAUUAUGUCUAUCAACGGCACUAGUCUGGUGGGAUUACCUCUCUCCACCUGUCAGAGCAUUAUUAAGGGAUUGAAGACUCAAUCUAGAAUAAAGUUGAAUAUCGUCAGAUGUCCACCUGUCACCACCGUUCUCAUCAGAAGACCAGAUCUGAGAUAUCAACUGGGCUUUAGUGUGCAGAAUGGCAUUAUCUGCAGUCUCAUGAGAGGAGGGAUAGCGGAGCGCGGCGGGGUUCGAGUCGGCCACCGGAUCAUCGAAAUCAAUAGUCAGAGUGUCGUAGCCACCCCUCAUGAGAAGAUUGUACACAUUUUGUCAAAUGCAGUCGGUGAGAUUCACAUGAAGACUAUGCCGGCCGCCAUGUAUCGCUUGUUAACAGCCCAGGAGCAACCGGUUUACAUCUAAAACAGCGCUGGAUCAAGUCACCAGAUAUAACCUUAAACAUGAUGUGAAACUCUUGAGUCGGGUGAAGCUCGGCUCUCCAUGAAUCUUCAGUUUCUUCUCGCUGUCUCCCAUCAUCUCCUCAUCUCAUCUUUUUUCUGUUUCUGUGAGUGAGCAUGCUGUGCUGUGUCCUCUCUCUCUCUCUCUCUCUCUCUCUCUCUCUCUCUCUCUCUCUCUCUCUCUCUCUCUCUCUCUCUCUCUCUCUCUCUCUCUCUCUCUCUCUCUCUCUCUCUCUCUGUGUGCACUCGGCUCAGUCCGUGAAUGGAAAAGAUGGAAGUUAACCGAAAAUUUUAAAAGCACAGCGCAGGAAAUCAAUACUAUUAAAACCAAAUUUCUGCUCACAGUGGAAAAGGAGUUUGCCUUACUGUACUUUAAUGCUGUUAUUUAUUUCAGCCAGGCAGCCAUCAAGUGUUUCAACUGGAGUAUAGAGAAGUAUGUUGUUUAAGGCAUUAAAUAAUGUUUUUCAGGAGCAUCUGGACAUGUUUAUUCAACACAGUUUGUCAACCAUCCCAAUGCAUUUUUUACUUGUGAGGAGGGCGGAGAUUUCUCAGGAUGUGACCUCAUUACGCGCUGUGAUGUCAUAAUAAGUUUAUCGUAUGUUAGACUGAAACAUCAGCAAAAACAUUCAGGUACGCUUCAUCCAACGUAUAGUUUAAAUACUGUGAAAUCUCCACCAUCAUCUGAGUGAAAAGCAAUGGGACGAGUGGCAAAACGAGAUAACCACCAUUUUUUUAAUUGUUCAGAAAUCUCGUUUUUUUGGUUGUGCAUUCCAAUUCAUUUCAAUUGAACUGCAGUUGGUUUGUUUUGAUUUAAACCUUCAUAACUAAAAAAAUACAGCUAAGUAGCACCAUAAAACAAAAUAAUAACACGAUAACAUAAUAAUAAACAUGUUUUGACAAAAAUGUUAAAAAAUGGAUUUAUCUCGUUUUGCAACGAAACUCUUCAAAUAUAAAACAUGUCAAGAUGUUUACUAAACUUUAAAAGUAAAGUUACUCUGUAAAAAGUGAAAGCUGCUUUACUUUAAAAAAAAUACUUUAAUUGGGAAAACCUAAACAAAUAAAGUUUUAUAAAUGUGAAAAUUAAAUGUUCAAAUAUUUAAAAAAAAAUAAUAUUUAAUCAUAUAAAAUAUGUUUACUUAUUUUCAUCUUAAAUUGUAACGCAUAAAAAUUUGAGUGAUUUUUUUUUUAAGUUGAUCUAACUUUCACUUUUUACACCGUAGAAGGAAAGAGACCAAACAUUUGUUGUAAACAACUUUUGUGGUUCAUAAAAGGUGCAAAUUUCAUGUAAACUCGUAUAAAUAAAAUAAAAUAGUAUAAUUUAGAAGUAGGUGUGUUAAAGCACAGAUAAAUAGGAAUAAAAUGCCUUACAGAAUGUUGAUGCCAUAUUGUGAAAGCAUUUUGGAUAAUUUAGCCUUCGAGUGUUGAACAGAAAUUAAAUUUAAAGUAAGUGAAGGUUGUUUAACACUCCUAGGAAUAUUUGGGUUUAAGCUUGUUAAACGAAAAGAGAGAAAACAUCGAAAAAAAAUAAUAAUGAAUGUUUGAUGUGUUUUAAUGCUUUCGUUGAAUCUUUUGUUUGACAUUGAUGUGCAAUAUUUUAUUUGUUGUAAAUGGCUGCAUACCACAUUUUUAAGCACUGAAAACUUCCCCCUUUUUGAAUUUUUAAGGUUAUCCUAUUGUAAUAUUUGCUCACAUUGGUAGUGUUUUAUUUCGUACGAUUUAUACUUGAAAACAUUGUGAAAGUUUUGUUGGGGAUAUACAGUAAUACAGCUCUUGUGUUGAAUUUCUUUCUCUGUUUAUCAUUGCUUCAGAACUGAAUGUGUCUUUAAAUCGUAUUCACUCUCACUACACUUCAGUAUGUAAGUUGCAUUUCAAUGUUUAUCUUUCAGAGGUGAAUGAUCCUGAGUGAUUUAAUACUCGGGUUCGGGUACAGAUCCCCAAUACAAGUUUAAUGAGAACAUCUUAACAUAAGGGUCAAUGACAUGACGUGCAUAUUUUUGUGUCUGGGGCAUUGUGUAAUAUAAAAACAAUGUGAUAUAUUUAUUCUAUAAAACCUAUUUAGUUUAAAUAUAUUUUCAGUAUUUUUUAAUAAUAUAAAAAAUAUAUAAAUUACAUUGCCUUUAAAUUACAUUGCCUUUAAAUUUUUAGUUAAUUCCACUUGAAUAAUAUUAGUUGACAACAAUUUUUUAAACUUUUUUGAGUUAACUAAUAAUUUAAGUUGAAUUAACUCAAAAUUUUAAGGAAACCAGUUAACUUACUUUUUUAAGUUGAACCAACAAAUCUUUUAUUAGAGUGUCAUCUUUUUUUGCAAUUGUCCGUACAAAUAAGCAGUUUGAGACAAUAGUGUGUUAAAAAUAGUGUUUACAUUGUUAAAAAUUCCAAAUAAUAUACGUUGGUAUUAUUUUAUGUUCGAAACCUUCCCUAUAAACAAAUUUCAUGAAGUUUAGUAGUAAAACUUUUGUCCAACAAUCUGGAUGUUCUCAAAUGUCAAUGAACAACUGCAAUCAUGGGACUUUUAUUAAAAAGUUAACAAGUAUAAACAGUAAACAUGUUUAACUUCAGGUGGUCUUUAUGGCUGAAUGAAAAGUUUGUGGAUUUUUCUCAAAUGCUGAAAAAAUAGCUUGUAUUGUAAUGGGUAGGCUGGUGCAUUUUCUGUGUCAGGUGGUACAACCAAUUUAAAAAACAACAACUUUUUUAUAAAACACAUUUUAAUUGUAUUUAAAGUGUAUUUAUGAAUUUGAUAUCACAGGCAAACACUCAUAUCAGCAUCUAAAUAGAAGUAAA